UGCCUGAUGUUUCAGAUUCUUAUUGGAGGAAAUAUCUCUGGCAAUACAGUAUUGGAAGAUGAUUUCACCACACUGGACAGUAGAAAGUGGCUGCUCCAUCCUGGUGGAACAAAGAUGCCGGUCUGUGGAUCUACUGGGGAUGCUCUGGUGUUCAUUGAGAAAGCCAGCACUCGCUAUGUUGUCACCACUGACAUUGUUGUCAAUGAAGACUCUUUCUUGCAAAUAGAUUUUGCAGCAUCCUGCUCUGUCACAGACUCCUGUUAUGCUAUUGAACUGGAAUAUUCAGUGGACCUUGGGCUCACCUGGCACCCAAUUUUGAGAGACUGUCUUCCUACUAACGUGGAAUGCAACAAGUACCAUCUCCAGAGGAUUCUCAUUUCGGACACUUUCAACAAGUGGACCCGGGUUACUUUGCCUCUGCCUCCCUAUACUAGGUCUCAAGCCACUCGUUUCCGCUGGCACCAGCCCGCUCCUUUCGAUAAGCAGCAAACGUGGGCAAUCGACAACGUCUACAUCGGGGACGGCUGCAUAGACAUGUGCAGUGGCCACGGGAAGUGCACCCAGGACAACUGUGUCUGCGAUGAGCACUGGGGCGGGCUGUACUGUGACGAGCCAGAGACUCCCCUUCCAACACAACUGAAAGACAACUUCAACCGCUCCCCGUCGAACCAGAACUGGCUGACGGUGAACGGGGGCAAACUGAGCACGGUCUGCGGGGCCGUCGCCUCCGGGAUGGCUCUUCACUUCAGUGGGGGCUGCAGCCGUAUGUUAGUUACAGUGGAUUUGAACCUCACCAGUGCAGAAUUCAUCCAGUUUUAUUUCAUGUAUGGAUGUCUGAUAACUCCUAAUAACCGCAACCAAGGAGUGCUGCUGGAGUAUUCUGUGAACGGUGGAAUCACCUGGAGCCUCUUAAUGGAAAUUUUCUAUGAUCAGUUCAGCAAGCCUGGCUUUGUGAACAUCCUCCUUCCCUACGAUGCCAAAACCAUUGGGACACGGUUCCGCUGGUGGCAACCUAAACACGAUGGGCUGGACCAGAACGACUGGGCCAUCGACAACGUGCUGAUUUCGGGCUCAGCCGACCAGAGGACAGUGAUGCUGGACACCUUCAGCAGCGCUCCCCUGCCGCAGCACGAGCGCUCCCCCGCCGACGCAGGGCCCACCGGCAGGAUCGCCUUUGACAUGUUCAUGGAGGACAAAACUACAGUGAAUGAACACUGGUUAUUCCAUGAUGAUUGCUCAAUCGAGAGAUUUUGUGAUUCUCCUGAUGGUGUCAUGAUCUGCGGGAGCCAUGACGGCAGAGAGGUCUAUGCAGUUACCCACGACCUGACUCCUACAGAAGGCUGGAUCAUGCAGUUCAAGGUUUCUGUUGGAUGUAAAACCUCAGAAAAACUUGCACAAAAUCAGGUCCACGUGCAGUAUUCCACUGACUUUGGUGUUAGCUGGAGUUACUUAGUACCUCAGUGCUUACCAGCUGAUCCAAAAUGUUCUGGGAGUGUUUCACAGCCAUCUGUCUUCUUUCCCACAAAAGGAUGGAAAAGAGUAACUUACUCACUGCCUGAAAGCCUUGUGGGCAAUCCUGUGAGGUUUCGCUUCUACCAGAAAUACUCAGAUAUGCAGUGGGCCAUCGAUAAUUUCUAUCUGGGCCCUGGUUGUCUGGAAAACUGUAGAGGUCAUGGGGACUGCCUGAAUGAGCAAUGCAUCUGUGACCCUGGGUAUUCGGGUCCAAACUGCUACCUUACCCAGACACUGAAGACUUUCCUGAAAGAGCGCUUUGACAAUGAAGAAAUCAAACCAGAUUUAUGGAUGUCCUUAGAAGGUGGAAAUACCUGUACCGAGUGUGGAAUUCUCGCAGAAGACACAACUCUGUAUUUUGGAGGUGCAACUGUGAGGCAGGCUGUCACUCAAGAUCUGGACCUGCGGGGGGCAAAGUUUCUACAGUACUGGGGGAGAAUUGGGAGCGAGAACAACAUGACAACGUGCCACAGACCAACUUGCAGAAAGGAGGGAGUGCUGCUAGACUAUUCCAUUGACGGAGGGAUAUCCUGGACUUUGCUUCAUGAGAUGGAUUACCAAAAAUACAUCUCAGUCAGGCACGACUACAUCCUCCUCCCCGAACAUGCCCUGACCAACACCACCCGCCUGCGCUGGUGGCAGCCGUUCACCAUCAGCAACGGGAUCGUGGUUCCAGGCCCUGACCGGGCACAGUGGGCUCUGGAUAACAUCCUGAUCGGAGGAGCAGAGAUCAACCCCAGCCAGCUGGUAGAUACGUUUGAUGAUGAAGGCACCUCUCAUGAAGAAAACUGGAGCUUUUACCCUAAUGCAGUCAGGACUGCAGGGUUCUGUGGAAAUCCAUCAUUCCAUCUCUACUGGCCAAACAAGAAGAAGGACAAAACACACAACAUCCUGUCCUCCAGGGAGCUCAUUAUACAGCCAGGAUACAUGAUGCAGUUUAAAAUCGUGGUUGGCUGUGAGGCAAAUUCUUGUGGGGACCUCCACUCAGUGAUGCUGGAGUAUACAAAGGAUGCCAGGACAGACUCAUGGCAACUCGUCCAGACACACUGUCUUCCUUCCUCAUCUAAUAGCAUUGGCUGCUCCCCAUUUCAGUUCCAUGAAGCUACCAUCUAUAACUCUGUCAACAGCUCCAUGUGGAGAAGAAUAACUAUCCAGCUGCCUGACCAUGUCUCAUCCAGUGCGACUCAGUUCAGGUGGAUUCAGAAGGGAGAAGAACUAGAGAAACAAAGCUGGGCAAUUGAUCACGUGUACAUUGGGGAAGCGUGCCCUAAGCUCUGCAGUGGCCACGGAUAUUGCACCACUGGAGCCAUUUGCAUUUGUGACGAAGGAUAUCAAGGUGAUGACUGCUCUGGUUUUAGCCAUGAUCUGCCCAGUUAUAUUAAAGAUAAUUUUGAAUCUGAAAGAGUUACUGAAAUAAACUGGGAAACCAUUCAGGGGGGAGUGAUAGGGAAUGGAUGUGGACAGCUGGCACCCUACGCCCAUGGAGAUUCGCUCUAUUUUAAUGGAUGUCAAAUACGACAAGCUGUGACUAAGCCUCUGGAUCUCACCCGAGCAAGCAAAAUCAUGUUUGUUUUGCAAAUUGGAAGUAUUUCACAAACAGACAGUUGCAAUACCAAUCUGAGUGAUCCUAACACUGUAGACAAGGCAGUGCUCCUCCAAUACAGUGUAAAUAAUGGAAUUACAUGGCAAGUAAUUGCACAGCAUCAGCCAAAGGACUUUAUACAAGCCCAAAGAGUGUCUUAUAAUGUUCCCCUGGAGGCACGAAUGAAAGGAGUCCUACUGCGCUGGUGGCAGCCCCGUCACAACGGGACAGGUCAUGAUCAGUGGGCUUUGGACCACGUAGAAGUCGUCCUAAUAAGCACUCGCAAACAAAAUUACAUGAUGAAUUUUUCACGGCAACAUGGGCUCAGGCAUUUCUACAACAGAAGACGAAGGUCACUUAGACGAUAUCCAUGAAGAAACGAGAAAUUUAUUUUUUUUCCUCCCAACAUGUGAUGUGUUGCUUUCCAUUCUUUAAAUCUAGCACUGCGUCUGGUAUCAGGACUUUUCUGCAGCUGGCUUGAUGAAUAACUGAAAGCCUUUCUCAAGACAGAGUGUACACCACUUUUUCGCACUGUGAACUAAUGAGAAGUGACUUAUUUUCUCAUAGGUAAAUGUUUUAAUGUUGAUGUGUCUGUGAAAAUUGUGAUCUGUUGUAAUAUCAGUUACAGUGGCAGUAUUGGAAGUAAGCAACUAAUUCUGUUUAACAGGAAAAAAAGUUUAAGCACAAAGACUUUUCAGAUUUUAUGUUUAUAAAAACCUACAUACUAAGUACAGAAUUUAACAUCCUUUGUCACAUAGGUAUUUAUGUGCACUGUAUUUCAGCUCUGUGUCAUUUUAUAUGAUUAAGUUAUCAUUGUUUGUCCUCUUUGUAUUCUCUUCUACAACAUGACACAUUGGCACUGUAUUUACUUGUUUUGUUGUUGUAAUAUUUUUGCUGCUGAUUUUUGGGCUAUUUACCUUCUUAAAAAAUGUAUUUUAAAAAAUCAUCAAAGUACCUAAUCCGGAAGGUAAUUGCAAGAGUAGUUGUAAAGGCGUUGAUAUCCUUUGGUCUUAUUCUUUGAUGUCUGUUGGUUAGCAUUGUUUUGUGGAUAAAAAAAGAAUGCUUGACAUUAAACUUUUUUCUACUAAGGAGUUGUGGAUUAAGCCCCAAAAAGAAUUUCCCAAUUCCCUGUCUAAAUGUAGUCAGUUCUCUGCAACUGAUUUACUUACAGUAACUGCCAUUUGGUGUCUGUAGUAAUGAAGUGAUUUGUAAACAGUGAACGUUCCAUUGUAUUCUCUUUGGUGUUUGUUUCUAUUGCGGGUCAUGUUUGUAUCUUCUGAUAAAGUUGUAUCUACACCAGCAACGUUAUAAUGCCCCUAUAGCCCUGUCUAUUAUCAUAAAUAAAAUGCUUCACUUUAUGGUGAACCAACCUAAAGAUCCAUGCUUCAAUAAAGACAAUGUCAACAAAGAA